AUGAACAGGAAGGAGAAUAAAAUAGUCACAUCCAAGUAUACAGCCAUGACUUUUUUUCCUUUGAACAUAUACCAUCAGUUGUCAAGGCCAUCAAAUCUAUUUUUCCUUCUGACUCUUAUUCUUCUAUCAAUUCCGGCGAUAUCUCCUUUCAGCCCAUUUACCUAUCUCCUGGCGUUUGUUGUUGUUGUUGGGGCAUCGAUGAUGAAGGAUGGAGUUGAGGACUACAGAAGACACAAGCAAGACAGAAUCAUAAACGAGAAGCCGGCCAAUGUAGUUCGGAGACAAGGGGAAGAUGCAAGGGUGGAGGAAAUACAUGUGGAAGAUCUCAGUGCUGGAGAUCUUAUAUUUAUAAUGAAGGAUCAGGAAGUACCUGGAGAUGUGGUUUUGCUAAACAGCAGAGUAAAGACCUCUGAUGGAAUCAAAUGCAAAAACUACUGCUUCAUAGAGACAAGCAACCUAGAUGGAGAAACAAAUCUGAAGAAGAAGACGGCACAGCAUCAUAUUCCGUGUGAGGAAGGAAGGACUGUGCUUGAGUGUGGAGAAGGAAAACUGGACAUAUGCAGUUGUGACAAAUAUUACAUGGACAGUAUAUCCGAGUUCUAUGUCGAGGAUACGGGGGAUUUACUUAACAAGUUUGAGUGCCAAGUGACCAUUGGCGGGGAAAACACUCUAUGCAACGAAAAGAAUGUUCUUUUGAGAGGAUCAAGAGUUAGGAACACAGAACGUGUUCUUGGUAUUGUAGUGUCUGUAGGGAAGCAGACGAAGCUGGGGAAAAGCCACUUCAAGGUAAAGAUGAAAAUAUCUCUUUUUGAAAAAAGAAUAGGAGACUUUAUAUUUGGAAUAUUCAUGAUAUACCUGGGGAUUCUGGCAGUGACCUCUAUUCUUGGCGCUAGAUUUCUUAGGAAGGAUGACAUCGAAUAUUUGUACUUGCAUGAGUAUCUUACCAACGACUCCCUGAAGCAAACAGGAACCAACUAUAUUCUGUUCAGCUACUUGAUUCCUCUGUCUCUGUUUGUAACUCUUGAGGUAUCCCGAAUGUUCCAUUCGAUGUUUAUAUCUUAUGAUGACGAAAUGGUUGGGAAUGGAAUGAAGUCCAUGUGCAGAAACUCCAACAUUACAGAGGACAUAGGGAUGAUUGAAUAUAUCUUAACGGAUAAGACCGGAACUCUCACAAAGAACUCCAUGGUCUUCAAGUAUUGCCACGUGUACAACUCUGAGGAUCUUAUUUCUCGAGAAGAUUUAAAGGAGGAAAGCCUCCAUGUGGAACUUGUAAACGACCUGAGUUUGGAAGCUAAGAAGAGCCGGUCGAGAAUGAUGUUCAUACUUGCGCUCUUGUGCUGCAAUUCGAUAGAGCCUCUCAACAACAAUUUCGAAGGGAUCUCGCAGGACGAGCUGUGUAUUAUUCAGGAAUUAAAGAACCAGGGCUAUGUGCUAGUGAAGAGAGACGAAGACUAUGUUCUAGUGGAGAUAAACGGAAAAAGAACCAGGUUCAACAUAGUGAUUUCCCUGGACUUUACUUCUGCAAGGCAAAGGAUGUCUGUGGUGAUGGAGGUGUUGGGAAGGUACAUUCUGUUCUGCAAGGGCUCUGACCAGAAACUUCUCGGAGACAAGAGAAUGGUUUUUGAGCAAGGAGACAUGGGAACGAUCAAGGCACUUAUAAACAACAACUCGGAAUACAGGUCCCUUGUUGUCGGAUACAAAGAACUGGACAAAAAAGUAACGGAUGAGCUGAAAAGGAAGUAUGCUGGGGUUUCCUUGAGAGACAAGUUCCUGGAGCAGGAAAGAAUCUUCGACUCGGUGGAGGAGGAGAUGGUUUACUUAGGAACAACGUUUAUCGAAGAUGAGCUUCAGGAAGACGUAAGAAGUACUAUAACUUCCCUCCGGGAUGCAGGGAUCAAGAUAUGGAUGAUCACAGGCGACAAGAAAGAGACUGCAAUCAGCUGCUCAGAAGACUGUGGAAUUGUUCAGAAGAACCAUGAGGUGCAAUCUCUUGCCAUAGAUGGUAAGGAGUUUCUGAAGAGGCUCUCAGACCCAGGGAUCUUCGAUUACAAGUCAAUUGUGAUAUAUCGGGCAACACCCUAUCAUAAGGGAAAGAUAGCCGAAAAGAUAGUCGAGCUUGGGAAGAACACACUUUCGAUUGGUGACGGAAACAAUGAUGUCCCCAUGCUUACAAGCUCUCAUGUUGGUGUAGGGAUCAUGGGCAAGGAGGGCACACAGGCAAGCUUGUCGGCAGACUUUGCCAUCCCAGAGUUUAGGUUUCUAAAGAGGCUCAUACUUGUCUACGGGCGCUACAACCUCAUAAGAUUCUCCAAGAUAACUCUGAAUGCAUUCUUCAAGAACAUAUUCUUCAUCUCGAUACAGUUUCUGUACAAUUUCUUCAACGGAUACUCGGGAAAACCCAUAUACAACAACUUCUUUCUGAACUAUUACAAUGUACUCUUUACAUCCUUUGUCCCGCUGUCCAUAGGACUCUUCGACAAGGACAAGCCAGAAAACUACCUAAUGUCACAUCCCGAGGAUUACAAAAAUGCAAGAAGGCUCUUUGGAAGACCUUCAUUUGUGUUUGGAUUUAUCUACACGAUCCUUCUUGGGAUUGUAGUGUUUUUGCUUUCGGUCGGCACUGUCUAUGUGAAGGACAUGGUAAACAAGGAAGGGCUUGUCGGGGGAUAUAUCCUCCUCACGAACUAUUUUUCCAUUGUUGUCUUUCUGGUUGUACUGUCCACACAGAUCCGGGAGAUCUCCUUCUUUGUUGUAUAUUCAUGGAUAGCAAUUGCUCUUAGUGUCAUUCUUAACUUUGUAACUCUUUUUUUCAUUCAGGAGUUGGAUGCCACUGCAAACAAUGCAGCCUUUAACCUGUUUUCUCUCCCUGUCUUCUACUUGACUAUCCUCUUUGUACUCUCAGGAGUACUGCUUGUCGACUUUGUUAUUAUGAAGAUGCUUUCUGCAGUAAAGAAGAAUCGGGGAUGGCCUUGA